AUGAUGACGCGAGCUGCCGCACCGCCGAUUCUGCUGCAGCUACAGAGCGCCGAAUCGGCCUCCUCUCAGAUUACAGCCUUGCGCACUCUGAAGAACGAACUGAUUGGCCAUGACCAACGCAAGGAAACCUACAUCGUCGAGGGAAUCAUACCGACUUUGGCACAGGUGCUGACCUCGAGAUGGCCGGGAACGGCCGAGUUUAAUGAAUCGAUAUUGCACCACGGCCGGUCCAUGCCAAAAGCCCCAGAAGAUUACGAAGCAUGUCUUCAGGCAGCUUUAAUUGUUGGGAGUUUGGCACAAGGGGGUCCGACGUUUCUCACCCCACUAUUCGCCAGCAAUAUUCCCCGAACCUUACUUUCAAUCUUUUCGUCACCAGACUGCCCAGAUUCAUUCUGUCUUCCCAUUCUACGACUCUUGAACACAAUUGCGGACCGGAUACCGUUGCAAAGCCAGGAACAAUGGCCUCGGGACACGCAGCUUGCGGAUCUUGUUUUCGCUUCUGCGAAUAUUACCUCUCUUAGACGUAUAAUAUCCCAGGAGUACAAGGACCUGCGCAGCCAGGCCACCAUCGAGCUAGCAGCCGCCCUGAUCGGCAAGCUUUGCACGGAGGAAACCCAUAAGACGGCACUAGCAGAAUCCGGGGUAUUGGAUGCUUUGGCCCUCAAGAUUGCCUCCUUCGUUGUGGCCAAGGGCUUUGUCUUGCCGGGCGCAGAGGAUCGCCUUCAAGAACCUGGCGCAUUGGAGGACCUACCACUUCCGGCCCCUGAAUCCGCCCAGCUAGCACCGAUUCUGCGCGCAGUCGCUGUCAUUAUUGAACAGUCGAAAUGGAGGGCGGAGCACUUCCUGUCGUCACCUGGCAUUGUGACUGUGUUUCCAAAACAAGUCGCUGGGUUUGCUCCAUCAGACAUCAAGAAAGGUCCGUGGGGAUCCACGUAUCUGUCGGGCUCUGCAGUACCCCGUCAUCUUGGAUCCAACCCCAUAGAACAGCUUUUGCCGUCGGUUCCUCUAGCACAUACAAAAUCGUCAUCUAGUUCUGCGAAUUUCCCACCUCUGGGGCACGGGGGCUCACAGCGCCGACACAGCCAUUCUUACCACACACCCUUUUCAUUAGCUGAGACACCUGUCCCAGAAGACGAGAAUUCGAUUGUUCCAUGGCUGCUCUGCAUUCUCCGCUCAGAGAAUGGCAUGACACGGUUGAUGUCCGCCCGCCUUGUCACCGCCCUCUUCCGGUUGGGAUUGGCGAAGAAACAUCGCAUUCCAAUGUUCAGUUAUUUGUUGAUCCCAAUCCUGAUUCGUAUGCUUGACAAGGAGGUCCGACUGCCGGAUGAAGAAGGCGUUAUUCACGAUGGGCUGCUCUCAUCGACCCUACGCUUAAAGGAAGAGGCGCCUGCGGUAUUAGCCAACUUGGUCGUGGACGACCAGGAGCUGCAGAGACACGCAGUAGAAGGCAAUGCGCUUAAGCGACUUUCACAACUUCUCAAGGAGACCUACAACCCAAUCACGGAGACCUCCCGGCCGAUGUGGCACGCAGAGGAUGGCCCAGCCCGGGACCUUGAGUCUCUUUCACCAGAGUGCCGCCUCGGGCCUUCUGGUUAUUCUCCGACCCUUUGCCAUAUAAUGCGUUACCGAGAGAACAUUCUCAAGGCUUUAGCAGCACUCGUCCCAUUCAAAGACGAGUACCGCAAGGCGAUCUGCGAACAUGGCGUAGUUCCUUACAUCAUUGACGCCCUCAAGCCAAGGCCUAGUGAUGCACCGGCUGAUGCUGUGAUGCCCAGAAAUACCGCUGAGGAUGGAAAUCCUAUCCCGACAAUUCUGGCUGCUUGUGGCACAGCUCGGAUGCUGACCAGAUCCGUCAGCGUGUUAAGAACUAGUCUUAUUGAUGCCGGCGUGGCUAAGCCACUGUUUGCCCUUCUUCGCCAUUCCGACCUCGAGGUGCAAAUUGCAGCAACGGCUGCGAUCUGUAACUUGGCCUUGGACUUCAGUCCCAUGAAAGAGGCAAUCAUUUCCCACAACAUCAUUCCCAUCCUUUGCGAACAUGCUCAUUCGUCCAACACCAAAUUACAGAUUGAAUCGCUUUGGGCUCUCAAGCACAUGGUCUACGACACCGCAAACGACAUCAGAAUGAACAUCAUCGAGACUUUGGGUCCCGAAUGGAUUAUGGAGGUCAUCUCCCAGGAUCCGGUCCGCGCCGUGGCUCGACGGGGAUUGGAAGAGGAAACAGAUCAAAGUCCGGGGUUUGCCAUGGGUCGAUCGAACUCAGCUGGCGAACAAGUCGAUAUUUUGAACCCCAUGGAGGAUGCAGCGGAGUGGGACGAGGACCUCAAGAUGACCGAUACCAUGCCUCCCUCCAAAAUGAGUCUGGACAUGUUCCUUCCUGAUGCAAGACGUAGACGCAAACUCGUUCUGCACGGAACCCUAGCCCAAACCACACAAUCUCGACAGGAUGAUAUUGCCGUCCAGGAACAGACAUUCGACUUACUGCGCAACAUGAUCUGUGGUCGGGAUGCACCUGAGAUGAUUGAAUAUCUCUUCAGAGAGCUUGGUCAAAAUGAUUUCCUCGAUACAAUCGCAGAUACACUACGACCACGUACCAUCCAAUUGCCUCACCGUCGGGAAUCCAGCAGCCAGUCCCUCCACGUUCCCAAUGAGAUCAUCAACGCAGCCGCCGCUCUUAUCAUCCACUUGGCGGCCGGGCACCCACGCCACCGGCGCAUCAUCACAUUCCACCGUGAACUCCUGCGGUCUCUGGGCAAUUAUUUCAACCAUUCCCACAAAGAUAUUCGGUCAAACUGUGUCUGGGUAGUGAUCAAUCUCAUCUACGAAGAAGAUCAGAGUGAUCAUGAAGGUUGUCGGGAGCGGGCAGUGAGACUUCGUUCUCUUGGUUUUGCGGAACGGCUGGCUAGCCUCGAGGAUGACACGGAGCUAGACACGAGGGAGCCAAUGUCUCCAGUACCAGAACCCAUCCUUCAAGCCCUCUCACUCCCAUCCGAAUCAAAAGUCAGCCUCUCCACAUCGGGCCUAGGCUCGGGCUUCACAAGCACAGGCAUCAUCCACGCCCAGAUCCCCGGCAAAAAUGGCACGGAAGAAGAGCGACGCUACUUUGUAAAAACCUCAUCAAACGGCAAAGCUGCAGAAGAAAUGUUCCAAGGCGAAUCCGAGUCCCUCAACGCAAUCGCAGCUUCAGUACCAGGAUUCUGUCCCCAAGCCCUAGCUCGAGGACCACUCGACGAGUCAGGGACAAAGGCCAAAACGCACUUCCUUGCAACAGAGUUCCUCCAGCUCGGCGGCAAGACGGGCCGUAGCACAAGCGACGAAACCACGCUCGCGCACCGCCUCGGAAAACUGCAUACCACGCCCGCACCCCCAGAUCCAAACACCGGUCGGCGCAGAUUCGGAUUCCCAGUGCCGACCUUCUGCGGAGAUACCAAACAGCCAAACCGGUUUUGUGAUAGCUGGGCUGAGUUCUAUGCGAAUGAACGACUGCUUACGAUCCUGGCGACAUCUGAAGAGCGCAAUGGACCCGAUCCUGGACUGCGCGAAGCGGUUGAGAAGACGGCGCAUAAGGUUGUGUCUCGGCUCCUUGGGGAUGGUCAUUUAGGGUAUAAUUCCAGUGGUGAGGGAGAGGGUAUUGUGCCUGUUGUUGUUCAUGGGGAUUUAUGGAGUGGGAAUGCUGAUUGGGGUCGGAUUGUUGACUCAGGUCGGGAUGAGACGCCUGGAGAUGUGGUGUAUGACCCAUCGGCUUGCUAUGGACAUAGUGAGUUUGAACUUGGGAUUAUGCAUAUGUUUGGUGGGUUUGGGGCUCGAUUCUUUGAUCUGUAUCAUCGGAUUGUGCCGAAGACUGAACCUGUGGCGGAGUAUGUUGAUCGGAUGGAAUUGUACGAAUUGUAUCAUCAUCUAAAUCAUCAUGCUAUUUUUGCUGGAGCGUAUCGAUCUGGUGCUAUGUCGAUUAUGCAGAAAUUGAUCAGGAACUUCGUGCAACGAGUCUGGCUCGCCCUCGAAGAGAAAAACAUUCCAUACGAGUACAUCGAGGUCAACCCAUACCACAAGCCAGACUCCCUACUCAAACUGAAUCCCCGAGGCCUAGUCCCUACACUUUCGACGCCAGCAGAUCCGCACCCACGGCCACUGUACGAAUCCACUGUGAUUCUAGAGUAUCUGGAAGAAGCAUACCCAGGCCAUAGACCCCGCUUCCUGCCAGAGGAUGCUUACGAGCGUGCCGGCGCACGAAUCUGGAUUGAUUAUGUGACAUCCCGAAUAAUCCCAUCAUUCCACCGUUUCUUGCAGUAUCAGCCCGCAGAUGAUAGUGCGCAGAGCACAGAUGUGGGGUUGGAGCAGGCUCGGCAAGAGUUUUUGGAUCACUUGAAAGCCUGGACUAAGGAGAUGCACACCGAAAGACCCUCUUUCUUGGUGAAGAUAUUAGUCUGCCGGAUCUGGUGCUGGCUCCGUGGGCGGUACGACUGUGGGUGUUUGACGAGUUUAAGAUUGGUGGAGUGGGGAUUCCGCGGGAGGGGGAAGGGGGUUCUGAUGAGGGGAUUUGGAGCCGGUGGUGGACCUGGUUGGCUUCUAUUGAGAGCAGACGGAGUAUCAAGGAGACAAAUAGUGAUCUUGCCCAUUAUCUUCCUAUCUACAAGAGAUAUGCGGAUAAUACAGCUCAAAGUGAGUUAG